CCCACCCUACGCUUACAUGAUCCCACAUCCUUGCGCGGCGUGGUCGCACUGCUACGGCACCGCCCAACGCCAUACUCGCCUCCUCCUUCCUCGCGCCGUCCUAUCCUGGUAGGCCUCCCCUCAUGGCCGUGCACGCCCAGUACGCCGCCUACGCCUUCCCCCAUGACCCCCGCGCCAUCACCAGGCCAGCGCUGGACAACGCAAUGAUCAGCGCGCCGGUGUUCCUCGGCGAGCCCGGCGGCGGCGGCGGCCACCCGCUGGCCGCCGCCGCGGGCGGCAACAUGGUGUUCAGCGACCUCACCUGCAUCGUCAACAACAACGACGACAGCGGUUGCGCCGGGCAGCCGAGGAAGCGCGCGCGGGUGGGCGACGUGGCCGGCGCGGGUUUGAUCACGGACCUGCAAGGCCAGCGCGCUCUACCGCCGCUGCCGGUGUCAACGACGCCGCAGGCGUUCGCGGCCGCAGGGGACGUGCAGAGCAUCAGGAUGCUCUGCUCUGGCGCCGCGUCCACCAGUGGGCGCCCGGCCAGCCUCGCGCCGGAGUCGCAGGGCCUCCUCUCCCACCUCUACCGCCACGGUGUCGAGAUGGACGCGCUCAUCCGCAUCGAGAACGAGAGGCUGCGAGCAGGGCUGCAGGAGGCGCGGCACCGGAACGUCGGGGCGGUGGUGUCGGCGGUGGAGCGGCGCCUGCGGGCGGCCGAGGCCGAGCUGGCGCGCGCCCUUGCGCGCAACGCGGAGCUCGACGAGAGGCUCCGUCAGACGGUAGCCGAGGGCCACGCGUGGCAGGACGUCGCCAGGAGCCACGAGGCCGUCGCGGCGGGCCUCCGCGCCACGCUCGACAACCUCCUGCGGUCACCACGCGCCGAGGGAGCCGAGGGCGACGCCGAGGACGCGGAGUCGUGCUGCUUCGAGUUCGAGCAGGAGGAGGAGGAGGGUGCGGCAGAGGCGUCCGCCGGGACGACGAGGGCGGCGUGCAGAUCGUGCGGCGCGGCGGACGCGUGCGUGCUGCUGCUGCCGUGCCGGCACCUGUGCCUGUGCGGCUGGUGCGAGGCGGUGGCCGAGGCGUGCCCCGUAUGCGCGGCCACCAAGAACGCCUCGCUCCACGUACUCCUGCCCUGACCAGACGUAUGUGUUCGACCGAGGGCUGUGCAUCCAUCUCCCCAAUGCUUUUCAUCGAUGCAUCGGUUCGAGGAGUCGUCAGAAAAAAAUAACUGACUGAUGGAUCGGAGAUUUGGAGUUGGAACUGCAUUGCGGGAGGGAACUGGCCACGCAAUAUGAAGGCAAAGAAAUCAAAGAAUGGGUUCUGGCGCUGCUGGUCAUCGCCUCGAUCGAGCGGACGUCAACACUGCUGCUGGACUGGUACGGGAAACGACGCAAGAAAGGCGAUCACCGAGUGGUUGAAGGCUAAGCAAACGCUUCGUAAAAAGACGUGAGCUUGUGUACGUGACAUAGGAGCAGAAACGUCUACAAGGAACAUGGCAAGUACUAUACUGUAGAAGUUUUAUAGGAAAUUUAGCAGUGCCGCCAAGCCUCAACUUGUACAGGUACUGCUGUCUUCUCCGUUGCAAUUCGCAAAGCAAGAUGACUAUAAACAGUUUAGAGUUCCAAAGUUUCUGUCGAGACAGUUUCAGAGUUAAGGUUGACAUUAGGAAAUAAAAGAAAACAAGCUUAGUAGCUUGGGUGCCAA